UAUCAGACAACGACUAAUCAAUCUGCAGAUAAUGUAACUCAUACUACAAAAUGUCUUGCCUUCGCCAAAUAUCGUAGUCCUUGCGAUAACGAUCUUCAGGAAUUCCGAAUCCGAGGGUGUCAAAUGAUUAAUUACGUCGCUGACUAUUUGACCACAGUAAGCCAGCGGCCUGUGUUUUCAAUGGUAAAACCAGGCUACUUAGCUUCGCUCAUCCCUGAUCAUCCACCUCAGAAUCCUGACAGCUGGGACGAGAUAUUUGCAGACAUAGAGAGAGUAAUAAUGCCUGGAGUGACACACUGGCAUCAUCCACAUUUCCAUGCUUACUUUCCAUGCGCCAACUCUUAUCCAGCUAUUUGUGCUGAUAUCCUGUCGGAUGGAAUUGGAUGUAUAGGAUUUACUUGGGCUUCCAGCCCAGCCUGCACGGAACUCGAGGUAAUAAUGCUAGAUUGGAUAGCACAGAGUGUUGACCUUCCGAAACAAUUUAUGUCUGGAAGUGGGGGAGGAGGCGUAAUUCAGGUAACUUUGGCAUAUAUUGUGACCAAAUAUUAA